GCUUUGAAUUUCGUGCGUCGGGACAGGAAGGGGUCGAAGAGCAGGGGAGGCAGCUUGUGGCCUUUGUGCUCCACAGCCAGGCUGCUUGUGGUGCAGCCAAGCCCCUCAGCUUGUGCCUUGGCCUGCACAUCUGUCUGUGAAGUCUGCUGUGAGUGGCAGCCAAGAUUCUUGAAACAACCCUGGUGCUGCGUUGGUUUUUACAGUAAUAGUCAGACUGUAGGGAGUGGGCCUUUAAGAGCGUUUUGAUGGUGGAUGACCACCUGCGAGGCGUGAGACUGCCGCCCGAGCUUCAGGGCGUGCAAGGCAGGCCGUUGGAGGAGUACGUUCGGGCACGGAUUAUCCAGUUCGCUGGCGCUUUUGCAAGGCGAAUAAACCCCUCUCUCAAUCCUCAGAUCGUACAACAGGCGGCAGCAGAAGCCAUCGCGAGCCUUCCCGCUCCAGAGUACGGACGGGUGGCAGUAGAGAACCGGGAUCUGCAGCUCGUCUUCCGGCAUGAUUGCCUGAGCCUGGGAUGCCUGGAUCCGCAGUGCGUGCUGUGUGAACACAAUCCUCACAGGCGCUGCAAUGUCAAUUUCGCUCCAAAGUACCUGGUCAAUGAUGUGCUCAAGGCCAAAUGCGAUGCUCCCAUCCGUGUGGAGAUCAUCGACCGCCAGACAGGGGUGCCCCUGGGAGAGGACAUCGCUGAUGUGCACCUAGAGAUGGCCGUCUUGGAUGGCAAUGCCUACGAUGCCAAGUGCUUGGAGGCUGGCCAGGAGCGGGAUGAGGAUUUGGAGGCCUGUUGCCUGCUGCAGAACAACAAGCAACAGGCGCUUCUGGUGCCCAGCGGCGCUGCAGUUCACAACUCGCAGUCCAAAGUUGUGGUGCAGCUCACGAGAGGCAUGGCCCAGCUGCCAGACCUGCAUGUGUCAGACAGCAGUGAGGCAAUGCUGAGCGGCCGCAAGCCCCCCUUCCGCCUGCUGGUGCGGGCUGUGGCCUCUGACGGGCGCAAGGUCAACAUCCGCCAUGCCGUCUCAGAGGGCUAUGUGGUGGCCACCCGCCGCACGAGGACAGCUGGCAAGGUGGAGAUUCCCAACGUGGACGAUCAUGUAAGCAAGCUGGAGCACAUGGGCAAGGAGACUGUGAAGAAGCUGCAGGACAUCCGCGUCAGCGCCAUCCAGUCCGGCAUCGACAUCAGCGUGCCUGACAACCGCAUCGACAAGGUGGGCGAGUUCCGCAAGCUGGCCUUGCUGGCAGAGUCGGACGGGCACCUGCGCCAGAAGCUGCAGCAGGUGCUGAAGCUGAGCAAGGAGAAGUGGGACGAUGCUCGGGACCAUGCCAUGCGCGCUGUGGUGGCGGACAACCGCAUGCGCAUCUGGUAUGCGGACAAGGCCUCCAUGGAGCUCGGCCUCCUCUUCACCUGCCGCCUUGGCAAUGUGGACCUGGACCGCCCUGUCGGUCUCCUGCAGAAGAAGUCGCAGGACGGCCUGCAGACUACUAUGGAGGCGACGCUGAUGGCACAGCAGACCCCUGCUCAGCGCGAACAGGUGAGGCAGCUGCAGCCUGGAGCAGUGGCGAGUUGGUGGCAGCCGGGGCACCCUGGCUGGGCCAUCUACCCGGUGGACAGCGAGCAAUUCAUGAGCACAGGCGCCCUGGAGAGCGUCAGCGUCCCCAACGAGCAGAUCGUGGCCCCCCAGCCCCAGAUGGGAGCAGUGCCAAGUCUGCCGGCCGGCGCCCAGUUCCCGCCGCAGCUGCCGCCCGGCUACGCGCCGUAUGCGCAGGCCAGCACCGGCAUGGGCUCCAUGGCGCCGCCCCAGACGUCAGCCGCGCCCGGCUACGGCACGCGGUCCACGGGCGCGCUCGCGUUCCCUCCCGACACCUCCGCCGCGCCGCAGCCUUACAACUCCCGCUCCCGCACGCCCACUGCUCCCAGGACCUCAGUGCGGCAGCAGCAGCAGGGGGACCAGGCUAGGAAGCCCCCGGCUGGCCAGGAGCAGGCUGCCGGGCAGGAUACCUCUCAGGCGGGAAAUUCGGGGCGGCCGUCGCCGUUUGCGGCGCAGAGCAGCGCAAAGGUGGGCCAGGCAGCAGAGGCCCUGCCGCAGCAGAUGAGCCUACAGAGCAUUGCCAGCAUGUUUGGCAGCACUCCGCUCACCACCGCCGACCUACAGAAGUACCAGUCCGCCGGCCUCAACCUGGCCAAUUUCCCUUCGCUGCCUUCGGCCCUGCCCAGUGGGGACCUGGAGAUGCUGCUGCAGCAGCAUCCCAUGAUGAACUCCGGCAUGGGCAGGGCGCCCUCCUUUGGCAUGGCCAAGCUGGAGUCCAUGGAGCUACCUGAUGCCGUGGCUGCCGUGGCGAUGCUGCAUGACAUGGGCCCGGAGGCGCGCCAGACGGCGGCUGCGCAAGCCGUGGUGGCCGACAUGCAGCGCGCAAACAGCGGGCUGGAGAGCAUGCAGAGCAUCGACGACGCGCUGGGGAACGUGGAGCAGGACAUCAUGGACAAGGUGGCCAACGAAUGGGCGGAGCAGCACCCCCAAAUGUCCCAGCCCCAGCCUCAGCCGCAGCGCUGA